CACUACGUUAAUAAUUUGAAAAAAAUUGAUUUAAAAAGAAAAAUGUCAGCGGUUCAACAAGCAACUAAAACUUCUAAUGCUAUAACUCUGAAAGGUUCUUCGCAAAUUAUAGCAGAAUAUUUAAAUUUUGGAAUAAAUUCAAUUCUUUUUCAACGAGGAAUAUACCCGCCAGAAGGUUUUAGCAGCACCCAACAAUAUGGCUUGACAAUAUUUAUGUCUAAGGAUAAGAAAAUAGAAGAAUUUUUAAAAAGUGUUCUAAGUCAAGUUCAAGAGUGGUUAUCCAAAAAUUUAUUAGAAAAAGUUUCCAUGAUUAUAACAAAUGUUCAUACCAAAGAAGUUUUGGAAUGUUGGGACUUUAAAGUACAAUCCGAUGCUACUGAACUAAAAGAAAAUUCGGAUCCAACAAAUCCUACAUCAAAUAAGGACCUGAAACGAAUCCAGAAUGAAAUAAGGGAUGUCAUGCGGCAAAUUUCUGCAACAGUUAGUUAUUUACCGCUUCUAGAUUGCAUUUGUUCGUUCGAUAUUCUUAUAUACACAUUGAAAGAUUGCACGAUUCCAGAAUCAUGGAAUGAAACUGAAGCAGUAUUUAUACAAAACUCUCAAGCAGUUCAGUUGAGAUCAUUUUCUACAGGCUUGCAUAAAGUUGACACUAUUGUUAACUAUAAAAUGUCGUAAUCUAAUCAAAAAAAAUUUAUUGAAAUGUCUUACUUUUACAAAUUAUUAUAAUUAUAUAGCUUAAAUAAUAAAAACAAAAUAUAAAUUAAAAAUUGAAGAAAUCGACAUGGGUUUUCUUUUAAUCAGUGCCAAAAUAUUU